GAAACACGGAGCUAGGGGAGAUAAAGCAAAUACUUGACAAUCAUGUUCAUAUAUGUUGUUACAGUCCCCUCUCUCUCCGAUCAUUGCCAGCCUCGAAACCAUACCUAGCCCAAGAAACUUUGUCUCAUAUUCCUGGUCAAAAUGCAAAUCCCUUUAUCACUCCUCGUAGCUCCGUUGGCUGUCCAGGCCGUCAACGUCGUCCUUUCAAACGACGAUGGCUGGGCGGAGAAGAACAUCCGUGUGUUCUACGAUACACUUACCAGCGCAGGCGAGAGCGUAAUUAUCUCGGCCCCGGCCGACAACAAGUCCGGCACAGGCUCAUCCGAUGCCACGCCCGGCACGGUUACCUCGGGCUGCCAGUUCAGCAGCUGCCCAGCCGGGAGCCCACCCUACGGCUCAAGCAGCACCAAUCCGCGCUUCAACUAUGUGAACUCGUACCCCGUCACGGCCAUGCGAUACGGGAUCCAGACUCUGUCGCCAAAGUUCGUCGGCGGCGCUCCGGACAUCGCCGUCGCAGGGUACAAUGUCGGGGCAAACCUCGGCUCGACCACCCUCGUCUCCGGGACGGUCGGCGCGGCCACCGAGGCCGCGCUCGAGGGCAUCCCGGCCAUCGCCUUCAGCGGCACCUCGGGCUCGCAGGUGUCCUACACAACUGCCACGCAGACGUACCAAACUGUCUAUGCCCAGCUCUCAACCAACGUGACCACCACGCUCGUCGGCUCCGGAAAACCCUACCUCCCAGAUGGCAUCUGGCUCAAUGUCAACUACCCAACGGUGAGCAGCAGCACGUGCUCGUCCGCCUCGCGGUUCAAGUUCGUGCUCUCGCGCAUCAACUCGGCUUCCUCGGGAGCGGCGGCCGAUGUCCGCACUUGCGGAUCGACUCGGCUGCCAACUGAGAGCGCGGUUGUUGGCACGUCCGGAUGCUAUGCCAGUAUUAGCGUCGGGGUUGCGAGCAAUAAGAAUGAUGCCUCUGCUGCUGUGCAGGCUGUGGUUCUGGCCAAGCUGCAGCCCAUCCUGUCAUGCUUGCCUUGA